GGGCGGGCCCAGGUGUUCUGCAGCUGCCGUUGCCAUUGGGCAGCCCUGCCCGGCCCCUCCCCUAGCUCUGCGCUCCCCUCCUGGCCCGGCCCUGCCCGCUCCGCCCCAGGUGAACCAUAGCACCACGGAGUUGCUGCCCUGGCCGGUGCCCUGCAUGGUGGCCAUUCCGUGCUCAGCCGCCUAGCUUCGGGAGCCCGGCCAAUCGCAUGCGGAGCCACCCGCUAGCCGGCAAGGAAGGGACGUAUCACCGAGUGCAGGCCGGCCCAGUGCCAAGGGAGCGGGGCCUUUCUGGCCCGGCCCAGCGCCCCAGUCAAUCAUUAACCGCAGCAAGGAGAUGGCUGAGAAAGACGGGGGCCCUACGGUACCAUGCUGGUCGCUGCCCAUGGGUGUGGCUGUUGUGACUGGUGGCUUCCUGCUUUUAGCCGGCAUCGGAGCCAGCGUGUGGGCCAUAGUGACAGCUGUGCUGGGGAGCAACAGUGAAGGGCUGUAUGGUGUCCAGGUUAGUUCGGGUGACCUCCGGGUCACAUUGUAUGACGAGAGUGAGGGAAAAUGGCGCCUCAUCUGCUCCACCCCCUCCAACGCCCUGGUGGCUGCGCUGAGCUGUGAAGAGAUGGGCUUCGUCAGGUCUCUCUGGCACUCAGAGCUGGAUGUGGAGCUUGCAGGUGCCAAUGGGACAUCAGGAUAUUUCUGUGUGGAUGAGUCUCGCCUGCCCUUGGCCCAGAGACUCAGUGAGGUGGUCUCCAUUUGUGACUGCCCGAUGGGCCAGUUCCUUGCAACGCUCUGCCAAGACUGUGGGCGCAGGAAGCUGUCUGUUGACCGGAUCGUGGGGGGCCAGGAUGCCAGCCUGGGCAAGUGGCCAUGGCAGGUCAGCCUGCGCUAUGACGGCACCCACCUCUGUGGUGGCUCCAUUAUCUCCAGCGAGUGGGUUAUCACCGCCGCGCACUGCUUCCCUGAAAGGAACCGGGUGGUGAGCCGCUGGCGGGUUUUCUCAGGCGCCAUCUCUCAGGUCUCCAGCAGAGGGCAGCAGGUGGGGGUGACAGGUGUAGUGUACCACGCAGGCUACCUGCCCUUCCUGGAUCCCAACAGCGAGGAGAACAGCAACGACAUUGCACUGGUGCACCUGGCUACACCCCUCAGCUUCACUGAGGACGUCCAGCCUGUCUGCCUCCCAGCACUGGGGCAGCCCCUCUUGGACGGGAAGGUGUGCACUGUGACUGGCUGGGGUAACACCCAGUACUAUGGGCAGCAAUCCAGCAUUCUGCAGGAGGCCUCCGUGCCAAUCAUCAGCACCGCGCUGUGCAACUCACCUGAGUAUUACGGAAACCAGAUCUACCCCCGCAUGUUCUGCGCUGGCUAUGCCGAGGGUGGCACCGAUGCCUGUCAGGGCGACAGUGGGGGGCCCUUUGUAUGUGAGGACAGCAUCUCCCGCACCCCGCGCUGGCGGCUCUGCGGCGUGGUCAGCUGGGGCACUGGCUGUGCCCUGCCCCACAAGCCGGGGGUCUACACCAGGGUGGGUGCCUUCCAUGACUGGAUCCACCAGGCCAUGAAGACUCACUCCCUGGCCAGCGGGAUCGUUUCCCAGCACUGACCCCUGCUGCCUAUGUUCUGCACCAUUCCACUGGUGCCAGCCCUCCCCUCCCCUCAACCCUGCCUAACAGAUGCUGCCCCCUCCAUUCUGGCCACAAGGGGAAGAUCUUCCUACGUGACCCAUUGGGCUUUGCGACCUGAUGACCUUCGACUUCUGACCUUUACAACGCCUUACUGGAAUGCGAGUGUGGGUGGAAGAAUGGUCCAGAUCUACCUAUCACAACGCAGUGCUGGCCCUUUAAGCUUCCCCCCACGAGUGGUGGACUUGCACCAGCUCUGUAAGAGCCUAUCGGCUGAUUGGGGGUUUCUAGCUCCACCAAUCGCAAUGCAGUGCUAGCUCAUUUACUCUCCAACAGGUUCUGCUAGAAGCACAGGGAUAAUCCAUGACCUGCUAGAGUCUUCCGUGCUGUGACAAGGGGGAAGGGGUCUGGAGAAGAGUAUCUGUGAAUGGUUAACAGUAAGGCAUGUGGCUGCAUACACCACACCCUCUGCCAUUCACAAGCCAAACCGGUUAGAGUUGUCUGUUUUUAAUCCCUGCUGUUCUGAGUGAGACCAGACCCACCAGUAGCUCUGCCCCAGUGGCAUGGGGGACUAGAUUCUGUCCCACAGCCCUAGAAGGAAUUGGGACUCAGCCUGGGGAUGGGACCAGGGCACAGCCCUUAGGGGUUGGGAGCUGUGAGGGUGGAGUAGACUGACCCACAGCCUGAAGAGAGUCCCAAUACACAGCUAUGGGGCUGUUGAACACCUGGGUCCAGUGCUGAUGCUCCAAACCAGCAGGGCCCCAGAAGGAGGGAGCAGUGCCUCCACUCCUGCCAGGCUUCCCCUUUCCCAGGAGACACACAAACCUCGGGGAGCCUGAGAGCUUUCUUCACAGACAGUCCAGGACUGCAACAGGCCAUCCUUCCUUCCAUAGUAUCCCCAGCCUGGGGUGCUUAGAAGAACCAGAGCUCUCCUUGUGUCUAUGAUGGGACUCAGGUUGAUUCCAAUAUAUUGGGGGCAGAUUGUGGAAGGUCAUGUCCCAGCUAGCACUGUGAUAACUAGUGCAACACCUGCUCAGCGUAGCAUUACUCAGAGGAGGGCAUGUGGAAUGGGAGCCCCAUGCUGGGACUGGGGAAGGCAGGGAGGUCAGCUUGGCUUACAGCAGGGGUGGGCAAUUUUUGAUAGAGGGGUGGCACUCCCAAGAUUUUGGAAAGCAGUCGAGGGCCGCACUUUUCCAGGAUAUUAAUGGAGGAGAUACGGGGUCUGGGAUGGAGGUUAGGUGCAGCAGGGAGCUUGGGGUAAGGGAUUGGGCUGCAGGAGAGAGAGUGCAGUUUGGGAGGGAGUUUGCGUGAAGGAAGCAUUUGUAACCUAGAGCAGGAGACUGGGAUGCAGGGUUUUGGAAUAUGACCUAGGACAGGGGACUAGGUUGCAGGGGUUUCGUUUGUGACCUAGGGUGAAAGGGGAUUGUGAUCUGGGCAGAGGAUUUGAGUGACAGAUCUGGGAGGGGGUAUGGGUGCAGGAGGGGGCCAGAGGGUUGGGGAAGGGCCAAUGGCCAGGUCUGGCCAGUAUACUUAGCAGCAGCCCAACCAGCCUGCCUCCCUGCAGAGGUAAGGGCUUAAAAAGUUUCUCAGCCAGUAGCCACCCUCUCUGCCUGCCCUGCUCCUGCACAGGCUGCCCAGCCAUGUGCUUGUGUGAAUAACUGAGCAGGGAGCUAGUGCUUCAUGGCUGCCUAUUAUUCAAAAAGGCAGCUUCCAUUGACCAGUUUCCGGCCAGAAGCCAGCCAAUGGGAUUAUGCUGGGGAUGGGAGUUACACCCAAAGCCUUUACUUCUCAGUUUUAUAGAGAAAUGGCCCUACAGCCACUUUUCUGAGCAGUGUGCUGGGCUGUUUGACAAGCAAGGUAGCCUGCCUGGGGCUCCCCACAGUGUCCGCGAGCUGGAUCCAGUGAGUUGGGGGGGGCCAAAUGCGGCCUGCAGGCCAUAUUUUGCCCAAGCCUGGUUUAGAGAGGCGAACUGCACACACUCAGACACACACAGCAGGGCCGUCCCUGGCAGCAGGGACACAUCCUAACCCAGCUAGAGCAAUCAACCACUCAGUGUCCAUCCCUGCCUCCAUCCUUGGCACACAAUGGCUCACAGAUUCACAGCCCAUUGCUAAUCCCCAGCCCUGCCCUGUGGGGGGAUCCCUGAGAAUUGCAGUCCCCGUGGCAGAGACCAAGCUGUGAUUUUGCAGGGGGAGGGGUUGCCUGUAUGAGUUAUUUGCAUUAGUGUCUCUCCCCGUGUACAUCUGUGCACAGUGAUCACUGCAAUGAGAAAUAAACACCAGUCUGGUUAGAGACCUG